UGAUGCGUACUUGACCCCAUCACUCCUGUUCAUUGAGAAGGAGUGCAACCAGAAAAUCAGUACAGCUGAUUUAAAGGAAGAAUCGAAACCACUGGUGUUCCUGAGUUAAGACUGAAUUGGUAUUCAUUGAAGCUCAGCUAUAUUGAUAUUACAUUUCCUGCUCAUCCUACUUAUUAAAACCAUCAAUUGGUUCUCUUCACUGGUAUUGAUCCAAAGACUGCUGUAUACAUUAUGGCAUGAAGCUGGGAGUUCUUCAUAUAUUACUUGUUGACACAGUCUCUGUAAUCUCUCUUGAACAUGCUUUCACACCACUGAUGGAAAAUCAUUUUCUUUUUGAGUAUUUUUACUGCAAAAUACAUUGACAUAGGUUAUAUUCUGAUGUGAUUUUGGCAAAACAUAUUACCUGUGACACAGGUGGCCUUUAUUAAUGAAUUGGAUGUGAAAGUAUAUACUGUAGCAUAUCUUGACCUACAACCACUAAUUGCAGUGUAUUGCUGAGAGAUCAAAUGCCCUUGAGAGACACCCUUGUCAACUAGCUCUAUGUUUUCAUUUAUGAGAUUCUUAAACAGUUGCUUUACUGCUUGUGAGUUAGCAGAGUCAGUUGACAUGGUCAGUUACAUGGAAUUACUGCCCAACAUUGUCUUCACUUUAGAGAAUUGAAUGUUAUUCUGCCCUUAUUAAAAAACUUGGAGAAUGUACACUAGGUAGUAAAACCCUUGUGGGAAAAUGUUCUUCAUUUCAGUGCUCAGUUCCACCUUGUAGCAAUGAGAAAGAUUGCAGUUUUCAUUGAAUAUGAUUGUUUUAGCCUAGUCACAUAGUUUGGUUUAGCAGUGUGAAAAAGCUUAAAUUAGGGUAAAAUACUGUUUAUUUUAUUUUAUUUUAUUUUCAUUGAUCUUGUCAGCGUUUACGUUAGCAAUACACAGUAGAGAAGCAGGUGGUAUAUUUCCAGUACUUUAGUGUUACAAUAACAGUGCAGUAUUGUUUUUGUAAUCCAUUGUCUCACCUGACCUCCCACCUGGGUUGUGUAAUACCUGAACAACACACCUGUGCAGCUAUCUCAGCUCCUCCUGGGAAACCACUACAACUGGCUUUGUUCACCCUCUCCAGGGAUCUUCACUGAGGUUUUGGAGUAUUAUUAUUCAAACAUCAAUACAGGGAGAAGCCAACACAAACAUGAAACUGAAGGUAUCUUAGUAAAAGGGAAUAGUUUACUUGAAUAGAAAAAAAGGAGUGCCAAUACAAAAAACACUGUGGCAGAUGAAUAAACUUACUGGCAAUUGAUUGUAUGUUUUGAUGGCUGGGGCAUGGAGCUCUGAGGUUGCCAAGGAGAAACAGAGAUUGGAGUAACCUAGAUGUUUUAAACUAACUGGCAGGAUGCAGCAUCAACAGUCUAGCCUGCCUUGUGUCUGAGCAUUCUUUAAUUCUGAUUCAGAGAAUAAGAUUGUGGAAUCUCUGUGUUGGUGUUUAUCUGGACAAUGAAAGGCUGGUAGUGUGGUGUGCCCUAUGCUACUGCCAUGCCCCCUGGUGCAGAACCCUUUGUUCCCCCUAUCUCUGCUCUGGAAGCUGGGCUGUAUAUAGUAAACACAGAGGAGAUGUACAUGUUGCUAGGAGGAGAGUGCUCAAGCUGGCUCCGAUUAUUGAACUAAUUGCUGGAGAUAGCAAGGAAGCUCCCAUGUUUCUCAUAUGAGGUUUAUAUUCAUUACAAGAAGAAGGGUUACCUGUCCACUGUGCUACAGCAGACCACUAUGUUACCACUGAGAUAUAAUAGACGAUGUUACUGGAGUUUGGAUCGCAGUGUCUUCCGAUGGGAAUGGGUGGAGAUCAUCGAACCUCGGACGAAGGAACACAUGUAUGCCAACCUCACCACAGGGGAAUGUGUGUGGGACCCGCCACCUGGAGUCAAAAUCAAGAAGACCGAUGACAAUCAGUGGUGGGAGCUGUUUGACCAGAACACUUCUAGAUUCUACUAUUAUAAUGCAACCACACAGAAGACAGUUUGGCACAGGCCACAGAAUUGUGAUAUUAUUCCUUUGGCAAAGUUGCAGACUCUGAAACAGAAUACCGAGGUUCGAGAUGACCUGGAUGACAAGAAGCCUGCCAAACGUGAGAUCGCCACCCAGACCCCCAGUACUCCAAAAAGAGAUCGGAUUCUCCCAGAUCAUGUCCGCUCGGGCUCUGUCAGAUCAACACACUCUCAAGCCAGUCCAAGAGUAUCAAGGAAGCAUCACCCUAGUCGCCAUGGGUCUGGUGGGUCGGGACGCUUUGACAGAGUGGACCAGUUCGUCAAUGGAGAUCGCUUGGGCCACAGAAGAGGAAGUCAGACAUCACAGAGCUCCAUUCCUUAUGUGCGUCGGGAUUCUAUGGAUGCCCCACAGAGGACUCUGGAAUCACCCCUGCCAAGACGCUCCCGCGACUCUCCCCGUGGAUCUGUUGAUUCCCACUCAGUGACUGCCAGUCCAGCGCCCUCUAGGCAUGAAUUUAUGCGGUCCUCAGUGGAGAGGAUGCCCCUGUCUAGGCAGGACAGUGGACGGGGCUCUUACGAGACCACCUCUCCCGGCCGACAGGAGCAGCAAGACAGCUUUAACAAAGAGGAUAGCUUUACCAGGGAAGACUUGGACAGCAGGGAAGUGGGCUCGGAGCUGGGAAGUCCCAGUAAAGAUAAACCCAAGGCCAGGGCCUUCCCAAGAACCAACCCUGCUUAUGUGCCCUCACAACGUAGGGAUGGCCAGUUAUCUUAUAAACGUAUAAAUUUGGAACAACACCCAUUAGUAGGGGGCGGCAUUGCUCCUAAAGAUAUUUAUAGCCAGCAGGUCUUUGAGAACGAUGAGCAAAGAAUUCAAAGGUACUUAGAAACUUAUUCUCCACAGGUUCAGAUAGUUCAGACCACCACACAGACUUCUUUGGACAGUAGUGGUGAAUUCAGGGAUGGGAAUCUUGGAUAUAAAUUGAAUCGCUCUGACAGUGGAGAUAGCCGCAGUGGUCUGGGUUACAGGAUUGACCGCUCGGACAGUGAGAGGAGUGGACUAAGACACGACAGGUCAGACAGUGAUAACAGAAGCGGGUCCAUCAAGGAUAAAUCAGAUAGUGAUAGUCGAUCAGGAUAUAAAAUGGAUCGGUCGGACAGUGAUUCAAGAAGAGGCUCUAAAAAAGAAAAGCGGUCUGAUGCUGAACGCAAAGUUGGUUAUUACAGACAUGAUAGAUCAGAUAGCGAUUUAUCCCAUUCCUCUCAGAGGGACCGUAAACUAGAGCGUGCUGAUAGCCAAAGUUCACAGACUUCUCUGAAGCAGCGUGACCAAUCAGAUAGUCAUUCCUCACAGGGAUCAUUACGUAACGUACACGACAGUCAUUCAUCACAUGGAUCACUACGCAAUGCCAAUGAAUAUGUAUAUGAUCAUCAGCUGCAGAAUCACAUACAGGAUCAACAGCAACAGAGCGGAGUGCAUUUACACAGUAUACAAGACAGGGUGCAUGUACUGGAGCCCCCUCAAAUACUACAACACAAGAAACAGCAGCAGUUGGAGAGUUCUAGCUCCUCCAGAAGUCAACCCAGCUAUGUACAGCCAGUAUGGGCUUACCAGCCUGGGGCACCUAUUAUGUGGAGGGCAGGGCCAAUACCCACUGGAGCCAGGCAGUCGCCUCAGCAUCUACAACAGGAAAACGCUGCAGCUAUUCACUACCAGCAAGACGUUCAGAGGCACCACCAGCUACAGAAACAGCAAGAAGAAGUCAGCCAACAACAGGAGGACCAGGAACAAAGUGAGAUCGAAAUCUCCACUUCAUCCUCCUCUCCCUGGAUGCAGAGACAGCUGAGUUCAGACCCGGAGUACGCGGAAUAUGCCAACUUGCCCCCCAUGCAGAUCAUGCCAGACCCCAAGGAGUUGCUACUUCUGCAGCAGAUUGGUCUGGACCAGGGAGAGGAUGAUGAGGAGGAAGAGAGGGAGGAGAGGAAUGGAGACCAGGUGUCUGAGCUACAAGGUCACAGUGGUUCACCUCCUGACUAUGGCAGUAAACAGGGCACCCCUGGGAGUGAGAGGUCCCUGGGGUCUCAGGGCUCCAGUUAUAAUUCCAGUUCAGGUAUAGUCGAUCCUGCUCAUUACGAAGAUUCAGAUGCAAGUAGCGUGUUCUCCGAGUCGUCUCCAAAACAGCGUCUCCGGACAGUGGGGCCUCCCCAGCUGCCCAUGGAGACCCAGCAUGCCUCCCUGAAGAGGAAGAAGUUGGUGGAGAAGCAGGAGGCAUCCCCCAUGCCUCCAGUGUUAGAGAAGUCUUUGUCACUGCAGGCAGAGCUGGCCCAGCAGAGACCACAGUCCAUGGUGGUAGCCUCCCAGUCUGAGGCCAAUGUGGCAGAUCCUACUGGCUCCUUGCAGAGACAGGGAAAAUCCUGUACCAUCCCCUCCUCAAAGUCUGGCGGAGUGGGCUCCAAGAAACCCAACUCUGAGAGCGACAUAGAGACUUAUGCUCAAAAACACCUGAACAAACACAAGAAGGGUCUGUUUGGAAAGAAGAUGCCCCUCAGUAACUUGCUGUCAUGGUCCAAAGAUCCCAUUCAGAAGCCCAUGCUGCGUACCAAUGACAAGGUGGUUAAGAGGGAGGCUAUGGAUGUGUUCAAGCUGAUCCAGAGUUAUAUGGGGGAUAAGAAGGGGAAGGGGUGUUCCCAGGCCCAGAUAGCCUUGGAGAUCACCACCAAGGGAUGGAGUAUUAUCAGUCUCAGGGAUGAGAUCUACAUGCAGCUCUGCAGACAGACCACAGACAACAGGAGAGAAGACAGCUUACAGCUGGGCUGGGAGUUGAUUGCCACCUGUUUGUCCUUCUUUCCUCCAUCUGCCAAGUUCCACAACUACUUAGAGAGCUACAUUAAGAAACACUUAGCUUGUGAUACCAGCUGCAUGGGGAUUCCCAUCAGCCACUUUGCGGGCAUAUGCAAUCGGCGCUUAGAGCGCAUUUCAAAAUCUGGUGCCAAAAAGGGACUUCGCAAACCCACAAUAGACGAAAUAGAACAGGCCAAGAAAUCCAUAUUCCACCCCUCCAUGUUUGGGGACACCCUGGAUGACAUAAUGCUGAUGCAGAAGGACCGUUACCCCAACAGAAAACUUCCCUGGAUACAAACCACCCUGUCCGAGGAGGUGCUCAGAUUAAAUGGUGCUCAAGUGGAAGGAAUUUUUAGGGUCCCUGGUGACAUAGAUGCAGUGAAUGAGCUUAAGGUCCGGUUUGACCAGUGGAUACCCCCCGGGGAGAUCUCCGACCCCCAUGUCCCGGCAUCCCUCCUGAAGCUGUGGUACAGGGAACUCCACGAGCCAGUCAUACCCCCAGAGUUCUAUGAGGACUGUAUCAAUAACUAUGCAAACCCAGAAGAGGCUGUGGCUUUGGUGCAUAACCUACCGGAAAUAAACAGACUAGUCUUGUCUUAUCUUAUCAGGUUUUUACAGGUAUUUGCUGCCUCAGAGAAUGCUCAGAUUACCAAGAUGGAUGUGAACAACCUGGCUAUGGUGAUGGCCCCCAAUUGCCUGCGUUGUGAGUCUGAGGACCCGAGAGUGAUAUUUGAAAACACGCGGAAAGAGAUGGCAUUUGUGCGCACACUUAUUCAGAAUUUAGACACAAGUUUUAUGGAAGGAAUAAUCUAAAGGGCUGUAAUGAUCAAAAACACUGGUGGAUCUGUUGAGUUUUAUGAGCAUGAAGAACUUUCCAGGUGACUACCGAUGAACGUAAGGGCUACACUUGACAAGUUAUUGGCACUCCUGAAACAUUUUCAUUUGGGAUUUUCCACAUUGAAAUGGAAUGAUCUGAAGGGAUGAAUGGAACAAGGAACAUAAGUGGAAGUAUUUAUACAUUAAAUGAAUGUGCUCUUUUUUCACAAUGAUAGUAGUCCUAAGAAGCAUAGAACAAAUUAACACUAAUAACUUGGUCAACUUUGAAAAAUAUUGUAAUAUUCAAGCAUUUUCAGAGAAACUAUUAUAGCAUAGAAGUCAGACUCUGCAACGAGGUAUGGUUCUGAAUAUAGUGCCAUACAUCCAGAUGCAGGGUUUUUAUGAACCAAACAGCUGCUUUUACCUACUCUAAACACCAUUUUUGUUGUACAAGCAACCUUUUCCAUUAAAACCACUGCCAGUACUUUUAUUGUGCGCUUUUAUAAAUUAAUUAUAGUGCUGCUCAAUCUGAAAGUAAAAAUAUUGUUGGAGUGAAGGUGAAAAUUCUUUUCAAUAUCCUACAAUAAAGAGAUAAUAAUAUGCUUUGUCAUGUAGUUAAAAAGGGUUUUUACAAAGCCUACUUUUUUUUAAAUUUUUUUACAAAAAUGCCAACUUUGGUAGGAAUAUGUCGUCAUUUCACAAAAUGAAUAAUAAACUACAUUGUGGGCAAUUCAUUCUGUAAGGAUGUACUUUGUGCUUGUUUAUGAAAGAUUAGAUGAAGAAUCCAUCUUAUAGUAGUUUUAAAUUACCUAUGCCAGUGUUAAUCUAAUUGUUAGUUUUUACGGACCAGAUGACUUUAAAACUGCAUCAUGCCCAGAAGAGAUCUCACACUUGAAUUUGAUUUGUUGUACAAUUUUAUUAUGAAGGCAGAAUUAUUACCAUGGUCUUAUUUUAAGGUUAUCUUGAAAUGAAGGCCUCUCAUUGAACUAGCUUAGUGUAUUAUAUAGUCAUGUACAUUACUGAAUCUAUUGAUGUAAAUUUUCUUGAAAAAGUAUUACAAUUAUACAAAUGUGUGGAGUGUAGCAAUGGUGAGUGUCUAUAUUUAUAUCUUUAUCUUGCGUCUUUGUCUUUAUUAUAUAGUAAAAUGCUGGACAGAAAGCUUGUGCAUUUACAUUGUGUGAAGGAAGAGUACUGAAGAUCAUGCUUACUGAUGCAGAGCCUGGUGACUUCCUCAGACAUUGCAAAAUAAGUGGCAUGGUUUGCAGUGAUAUAUAUAGUUGCCUAUGGGCUGUAAGGGCACAGCUUUUGUAGAUCUUAUUCAAUGUCCUUCAAAACAGGUUUUACAUUUUAACAGUGCAACGAACAAGCAACUUAUAUAUACCAUCAGUACAUAUAGAUGUAUCAUAUGUAAACUGAUAGAAGCAUUUAUUGAUGUAAUCUUAAUAAUUAUUGAUUAGCGUAUUCUGCUUAAUGCAGAACACAACUGCAAUUUGCCAAAUAUUGUUCUUUACUGUUCCCAAGAUUAUGCACUUCUCAAAGAAGAAACGUGACUGCCAUUGCACAGUAUGUACAAUCAUUGGCAUGUAUUUAAGGAACUAGUGUUUGAGUUUUUAUUAUACGAGUUGUGUAGCUGAAAUGGGGUGUAAAAUGUGCAAUGUGUAUUGAUAAAAAGGUCGUCUUUUAAACAUAUGAGGUAUGCAACUACAGAAAUAGUUAUUACUCCUAGAUAAUAAUCCUCCCUGUGGUUGUAGAAGUCAAUGGUAUCAUGUUUAUAAUAUUGAAAGUUUUAGGUUCAAUUGAGAACCAGUGGGAACUCCCCUUGCAAGACGAUUUGCUGUAUAAAAUAAUGAUUAUGCGAUUGAGCAGCUUAUGUACUCAGCAAAUCAUCAUCAUUGAAAUAAAGACAUGAAGUAUUUCA